AGGACAAGAAUUGCAGUGAUUACUGCUCCUUUCCUCCCUAGAUGCUACUUGAUGCAGAGAAAGGAAAAGAUUGUUCAGAAUUAAAACAUUGAUUGAGAUGUCGGAUUGUUUGACGGAACUGGCAAAGUCAUAUGUGGAGAAAUUAAUAAAUAGAACAGCAGCAGAAUUAAGGUAUAUUUGUUGCUUCACGUGCAUUGCUAAGGAUUUUGAAGAAGAAAAAACUAGGUUGGAACCAGUAAGAACAACUAUCAAGCAACGCAUUGAUGUGGCAGUCAGAAAUGGGGAAGAUGUUACUGACAUUGCUCGUUUUUGGGAAAAAGAAGCUGAUAGGCUCAUUGAAGAAGACACCAAAGCAGAACAAAAAUGUUUUUUCAAACUUUGUCCUCAUUGUUUUUCAAGAUAUAAAAGAGGAAAAGUACUGGCAAAUGAGAAGGAGUAUAUUAAAAAAUUGAUAGAAGAUGGAAAGACACUUCAAAUUGGACUCCCUGCUAUUCUUCCCGGUGUUGAACUCCAUUCAUCUCAAAACUAUGUGUAUUUUAAAAGUAGAGAAUCAAAAUACAUAGAGCUUUUGAAUGAACUCAAAGAUGACAACAAUUACAUAAUUGGACUGCAAGGAAUGGGAGGCACGGGAAAAACUACAUUGAUCAAGGAAGUGGCUAAGGAACUUGUUAAGCAAUCAUCCCAUUUUACUUAUAGCGUUGUUACAACCGUGUCAUCUUCUCCUGAUAUCAAAAAGAUUCAAGAUGAUAUUGCUGGAUCCUUGGGAUUGAAUUUGGAUAACUGUAAUGGAUCAGAUCGACCCAAAAAAUUAUGGAGCAGAUUAACCAAUGGUGACAAAAUUCUUCUAAUACUGGAUGAUGUGUGGGGCUAUAUCAAUUUUGAUGAAAUAGGGAUUCCAUACAGUGACAAUCGCAAAGGGUGUAGAAUUGUUAUAACCACGCGUGAUGUGCGAGUGUGCAAAAAAUUUGUAUGCAAUAAGACAAUCCAACUAGAUCUCUUAUCUGAAGAAGAUGCAUGGAUCAUGUUCAAAAGGUAUGCCGAUCUAAAUGAAACUUCCAAUAAAAACUUGCUCGACAAGGGUCGUAAAAUCUCAAAUGAAUGCAAAAGGUUGCCUAUUGCCAUUGCUGUUAUUGCCAGUAGUUUGAAAUGUGAACAACGUCAGGAUGAGUGGGAUAUGACCUUAUAUUCCUUGCAAAAGCACAUGUCCAUGCCCGGUGUUGAAGAUGAACGUGUUGAAAUUUAUAAAUGUUUGAAGUUUAGUUAUGAUAAUAUGAAGGAUGAAAAGGAGAAGCAUUUAUUCCUUUUGUGUUCUUUAUUUCGAGAAGACGAAGUUAUUCAUAUUGAAAGCUUAGCUAGACUUGCCAUCGGAGGAGGCCUUUUUGGAGAAGAUUAUGUCAGCUAUGAAAAUGCUCGAAGUCAAGUAGUUAUAUACAAAAAUAAACUCGUAGAUUCUUGUUUAUUGUUGAAAGUUGAUCAUUGGGGAGUGAAAAAGCAUGUCUUGGUGAAAAUGCAUGAUUUGGUUCGCGAUGCAGCUCAGUGGAUAGCGAACGAAGAGAUUCAAACUGUACAAGUGUAUAAUACAAAUCAAAAGGCAAUGGUGGAAAGGAAGAAAAAUAUUAAAUAUUUGUUAUGUGAAGGAAAGGCAAAGGAUGUGUUUUCCAUGAAGCUUGAUGAUUCCAAGCUUGAGGUUCUGAUUGUCAUCAUGUAUCAGAGUGAAAAUUCUCAUACUUUAAUGGGAAUCGAAGUACCAGAUACAUUUUUUGAAAAUAUUAAUGGACUUCGAUUUUUUCAAAUCACUGGUUAUAAUUUUUUUGGAACUCUAUCAUUACCUCAAUCAAUGCAAUCGUUGAAGAAUAUUCGAUCUAUUAUCCUUGAAUAUUUUUUUUUGUGGGACAUUUCUAUCUUGGAAAAUUUGCGAAGUCUCGAAACACUUGAUUUGGUUGGCUGUGUGAUUAAUGAAUUGCCACAUGGAAUUACAAAACUAGAGAAAUUAAGAUUGUUGAAAUUGGAACGGUGUCAGAUUUUAAGGAAUAAUCCAUUUGAAGUGAUUGGAAAAUGCUCAUCACUUGAAGAGUUGUAUUUCAUACAGAGUUUUAAUGAGUUUUGCCGAGAAAUAAAUUUCCCCAAACUGCAAAGGUUUCAUGUAUAUCAUUUUUAUGCUUUUAAUGAUGAUUCAUGGUCAAAGUAUGUGUCUACUGAAUACAGGGAUGAUACUUUCCUAUCUGAGACAACACUCAAGUACUGUAUGCAAGAAGCCGAUAGUCUCAAGCUGAAAAGAAUCCAGGGAGAAUGGAGAAAUAUCAUUCCUGAGAUUAUUCCAUUGGAACAUGGUAUGAAUGAUCUGGUUGAGCUUUCUUUAAGUUGCAUUUCACAAUUUAAGUGCCUCAUUGACAUUAGGCAUACUUAUUCUCCAGUAUCCGAUGUCUUCUCCAAGUUGGUUGUACUAACUUUGAAAAAUAUGGAAAAUUUGGAAGAAUUGUACAAUGGUCCUCUUUCCCUUAACUGUUUUAAGAGUUUAGAGAAGCUAUUUGUCAAUGAUUGCAAACACAUUCGAAGCUUAUUUAAGUGCAACUUAAACUUAUGCAAUCUAAAAGAAGUAUCAUUGGUGGGAUGCCCAAUGUUGAUCUCAAUAUUUGAACUAUCAACUGCUUGUAACCUAGAGUUGCUGGAUAUAACAGACUGUGAGCAUCUUGAAUACAUAAUAGUUGAUGAUGAUAGCAAAAGUCGGGACCAAAUGUUUCUGAAACUGAAAUUUCUUAAAAUCGAGAAGUGUCCAAAAUUUGAAAUAAUACUUCCGUUUGUCUCUGUUGAUGAUCUUCCGGCACUAGAAUCCAUGAUACUGAGAAGUUGUGAUAAGGUGAAAUACAUAUUUGGUCAAGAUGUCAAGCUUGGUUCCCUAAAAUUUAUGGAGCUUCAGUGUGUACCCAAUUUAAUUGACAUAUUUCCAGAAUGUAGUCCUACCAAGUCUUUGUCCAUUAAGAGGUCAUCAUCCAUGCCACCAACACAAUCAGAUCAUAUCAAAUGCAACUUCUUUUCAUUGACUGAUAUGUAUUGUUGUGGGAAGAAAUUCAGGAGUACCACAAGUACUAAAAUCUCAUUGGUUGAUAAGAAUGAGUCGCAAAACAAAUUAAUGGAAUCAAAUUCAUAUUGCCUAGACAUAAAUACAUGGGAGCGUGUUCAAUGUCUUUCAAGACAGUCAAUGUUUUUGUGCAAUGUUAAAGAGAUUGAGUUGACUCAGUUGAAGAAGAUAAAAUCAGUAUUUAUCCUAUCUGUUGCUCCAAAAAUGUUGUUGGAAACUUUGAUAAUCAGGAACUGUGAUGAAUUGAAGCACAUAAUAAUAGAUACUGGAGAUCAUGACAAAGCUGAUGGCAAUAAUUUGUGCAACGUCGUCUUUCCAAAUUUGAAAAGGAUUUCCAUCGAAGAUUGCAUACAAUUAGAAUACAUUUUUGGACACUGCAUUGAUGAUCUUCAAAACCACACAGAGAUUCAUCUUCAUCUUUCUACAUUGGAGUAUUUCUAUCUUUCCAAUCUACCAAGUUUAGUCGCCAUAUGUCCCAAACAAUAUCACAUAACAUGUUCAUCUUUGGAAGAACUUGUACUCGAUAACUGCAUGAAAGUUGCACAUAUGAAGGAACUAAGUGGGAGCAUGGAAAAUUUGCUGACUUUGGAAAGACUUGUGAUAAAAAAGUCCAAUAUAGAAAGUAUGGUUUGUCUUAAUGAAGUAAAAGAACAACGAAUGAACUUAGAUUUGAAACACAUUAACCUGGAGGAUGUUUAUGUCAUGUUGUGUCCUUUUUUGGGUUUCAAAAAUUCUUUUUCCCUCCUGAAUUUAACAAAGGUAGAAAUAGUGCGAUGUGAAAAAUUAGAAAUGAUUUUUUCUAAUUCUAUCUUAAAAUAUCUACCACAACUGAUUUAUCUAUUAAUAAAUGAAUGUGGGGAGUUAAAGCAUAUCAUUGAAGAUGAUUUGGAAAAUCAAAAUGUGUCAAAUUCUUGGUCCUCAAGGACAUGCUUCCCAAAGUUAAAAGUGCUUAUUAUAGAAAAGUGCAAUAAGUUGAAAUAUGUGUUUCCAAACUCCAUAUGUAAAGAGUUUCCUGAGUUACAGGUUCUAAUCAUAAGAGAAGCAGAUGAGCUAGAGGAAAUAUUUAAAACUUGUGAAGGUGAGAGAAUUGAGAAAGUUCAUACUCCAAAUUUGAAAUUUGUAACAAUUGUGAACCUACCAAGCUUCUUCCAGACACAAGGAAUUCUUUUUCAAACAGUACAAUAUCGUUUGGUAAAAGAUUGUCAUGAACUCUCUCUGACUUCAACAUCAAUACCUGGCUUCUUUGAUAUUUUUUCCAAUUCCGACUUCAUAUCAGAGUAUGGAUAUCUUGAUAAUCUGUUUCAUCGAUUAAGAAAUGAGUACGAAAGCAACAAAGAGAGGGAAAUUUUUCCCUCUAAGAUUGACGAUGAAGCAACAUCAGAAUACGAGUUGACAUAUCCACAGAUAAGGGAUGAUUUUGUUGAAGAAGUUCCUAAUUUAGAGAUACCGUCUGUAGCAAUAUUGCCAUCCAAUUCUGAAGAGUUGAUGAACCAACAACAAUCACUUGGAGAAUCUCAUACAAUUUUAGAAACAAAGAAUGAGUCACCUGUUGCUCCUAAGCAAAAGGGUACUGAGAUACUAGUUGAUGAAGGAACUACAUCAAUUAAUGCUAAGACAGUAACAUCCUUAAUUCAUUCAAAAUCACUCCGUUCGUCAUCCGGUCCAUUAGUUACUUCUGAGCAUAAAACAUCUCCACAAGAACAUGAUCCUGGCCAAAUAGACUUACCUUCUUUUUCACAUUCAACAACUGGGCCUCUUACCCUUGAAGAUGUUGAUCUUGGAGACUCACGGGAAACAUCUCAGACUAAUAAUCAAGUCUCUCUAAAUGAUGAUCAUGCUUUGAUGAAAGUAAGUUCACUUAUUGAGGAACAAUUUCCUAAUAAUAACGAAAUAAUAGUAUCAAAAUCUAAGCUCUCUCCUUUUGCAUCUCAGUUUCCUUCAACACCUUCUCAAGGAGUCUCUUCUGAAAUCGUAGAAGAUUUUAGUUCUACUUUGCUUGUCCCGGAGGAACUUGAGCAACUAGUCUUGAAGAAACAUUUGCAUCAUGAGAACUUGUCUUUGUUGACUGAUUUCCUUGUGAAGCAUCCUUCUGUUUUUUUAAGGGACACUUCACUUAGUAAUAGAUAUAAGGGUUGUGCCUACAACUUUCUAGCUGAGCUAUUGAAAUUUCUGCAAACACAUAGUGUGUUGGAUGUGUUAGGCUCAAGUCACUCAGAAUUUGUUGACUUAUUGCAAGACGCACGCAGAUUUCCUUUUGAUAAGGAAUGGUUGGAUUUUGUCGAAAAGCGUGUUUUGUUUCCAGGUUUACAAGUCUCUCAAGCUGCACUGCAAAAGUUGUUGGACUCGAAACACAUCUUAACUGAGCAUGUGAAGGAUCUGAAGCAUCAAUUGGCUUCCUCUGAAGCUGUUUUGGAGAGUAUUGAUGCGCGCUCGCGAAAUGAUGAUAAACAGAGUCGCCACCAAUAUAUUUAUCCCAAAGAGGGAAAGGAAUAUCAGAAAACCUGGAAUAAGGAUAGGAUAAGAAAAGGUCUUGCGACCAAAGAUCGGGUAAGGAGUCGGUUACGCGAGGGGAAGGUACUAGCACCCCUCACGUCUGUGGUACUCCACAGGAUCCACUUAUGUUUGUUCUAUUCUAAGGGUGUAUAAAUCUAAAGCUUAAUUACUAAGGGAAUGCAUGCAAAUG